UUUCGUUGCGUUGGAAAUAGUGAAUGACUGGGUUUUGUUCGUUCAUCAGUUCAGUUCUGUGCAGCUGUUCCGAUUGUCCUGUGCGUUAGUGAUUUUUCGACGAUUUUUAUAACGCUUAAAAUUUUUGUGAUCAUAGUCGAAUGUGAAGUAUUUUAAUUUACAAAUUCCUACUGCGAUCGAUUUGAAACAACGGAUGCAAAGACAUCUUGUGCAUCGUGAACAUUUUCCGUGACGUAACUGGAUUGUAACGAAUAACUGUCCGUGUGCGACUAACAAAGGUCGUGGCGACUAAUGGUUGCCGUUUUUAAUGUUUGCGAGUGAAUUUUGACGGCGCGAUGUGGGAAUCUGAUUCUGAUACGGGAUCCCGCAGCGCGUCUUCGGACGGGCUGCGGAGACGCCAAGGAUGGGACCCCGAAGCGGAAAGCUUAGCCUCGCAGAUGGAUGAACUCGAUGAAGUAUUGGCAGAGGAAGAAGAUGGAUGUCCUCUACCUUCUACACCUGAGGAUCAACAUCUCUUGGACGCGGAGAUGGCGGAAGUUUUGAAAGCGGGCGUGCUUUCAGACGAAAUAGACUUGGGCGCGUUGGCACACAACGCAGCCGAGCAAGCUGAGGAGUUCGUCCGCAAAGUGUGGGAGGCGUCGUGGAACGUGUGCCACUUCAGACACCUGCCGCGCUGGCUGCAGGACAACGACUAUCUGCACAAGGGCCACAGGCCGCCACUUCCCUCGUUCAGCGCGUGCUUCGCGUCCAUAUUCCGCAUCCACACGGAGACCGGCAACAUCUGGACUCAUCUACUAGGCUGCGUGGCGUUCAUCGGCGUCGCGAUCUAUUUCCUGUCGCGUCCUUCCAUCGAGAUACAGAUGCAGGAGAAGAUGAUAUUCGGAGUAUUCUUCGUGGGUGCCAUAGUGUGCCUCGGCUUCUCGUUCGCGUAUCACACCCUCUACUGCCAUUCGGAGAUGGUCGGGAAAUUGUUUUCUAAGCUGGAUUACUGUGGAAUAGCCCUACUUAUUAUGGGUUCCUUUGUUCCAUGGUUAUACUAUAGUUUCUACUGCCAUUACAGACCAAAAAUAAUAUACUUAUCUGUAGUGGUUGUUUUAGGAAUACUGUCAAUAAUAGUAUCCCUUUGGGAUAGGUUCUCAGAGCCUCGCUUGCGACCUCUUCGAGCAGGAGUGUUCAUGGGUUUUGGUCUGUCAGGCAUAGUGCCUGCUAUCCACUAUGGCAUCACAGAAGGCUGGUUCAGCCAAGUGAGCAAAGCAUCACUGGGCUGGCUGGUGCUGAUGGGCUUGCUGUACAUAUUAGGAGCUAUGUUCUAUGCCCUGCGAGUGCCCGAGCGCUGGUUCCCAGGGAAGUGCGACAUCUGGUUCCAAUCCCACCAAAUAUUCCAUGUACUUGUGAUUGUGGCUGCCUUCGUGCACUACCACGGUAUCAGUGAACUGGCAUCAUACCGUGUGACAGUAGGGGAAUGUUCCAUGCCUCCAUCAUCAAUUGCAUUCUAGCCCCUCCCUAUACCAAAUGUGAUAGUAGACCAUAGAUAAAUUUAAGUAGAAAUACAAACAUUCGAUAGCUUCACUGUAUAUUUUUUAAACAUAUAAACUACGAAUUUUUGUAAAUUUUUUAACAACUCAAAAAAUCUAUGCUGAUGAAAAAACACAAGCAGUAUUGUUCAUAAUUAGUGAGGCUGAAAAGAAAGGGGUCACAUUAUGGGUAAACUAAUGGGGGUUACUAAAUAAUAAACAUAUGUCAUAGUUACUGUUUAUUUAUUUUUAAAAUUAGUAUUAGUGCAUUAGUAGUUAUUGUUUUAGUACUUUCUAGUAAUGCUAUUUGCACCAGGGACUACAUUGAAAAAAUAAGAAACACCAAGAAAGGUUUUAAUGAAUAUAUUUUCUUGAUGCUUUGUGAAGAUGUUAGAGCGUACUUAAUUUGUUCUGUUUACAACUUUCUUGUUUGCACUAAAUUGUAAGUCCAGUGUUAGGUAGCAUAGACAUAGUUUGGACCACAUGUAUGCCCUUUCAUUGUUCUUCCAUAGUGUACAUAACAUUAAUUCAUACUUUUUCAAUACAUUAGGAGAUUACCCUUGGCUGUAAAUGUGAGUUCAUACUGUCCUCGCACUCCCUAACAUUAUGAUAAUCACACUUUAUAUUUUUUUACUUUAUAUUUGUUUCACGAAUAAAACUAUCAUUUCAGGCUUAAAAGACACUUGUGUAUGUUGCAUUGAAUCUCACACUUUCAUUGAUAAACAUUUAUUUCAUUAGAUGCAGUUUGUAAGCAUUUUAUUCUGUUUUUAAUACAUAAUUUUAUCUAUCUAAUCAUUAGUACGUAAAUCAAAAUACCUUUCUUAGCUGUUUCAUACCAAUUUAGCACAAAUGAGUACAUCAUGCAAGUUAAUUAAAUUGUAAUAAGAUAUUUGUAAUGUACAAUUGAAAAUAUUUUUUUAUGGUGUACUUGUAAGUGUAUUGGUUUUUGUAAGAUUUAAGUAACUGCAGUCUGACAUUCCAUCAUUGUUUCGAAAUAUCUAAUGUUUAAAUAAUUUAUUUUCUGAUUGUUUUUAUUGCACUGUUUGUUUAAUAUUUUUCCAGGCAUUUUCAUUUACAUUAACUUCCAUAACAAAUAUUCAUUCACUGUGGUCUGCAAAUAAAAUUAAUUAAAAGUAUAUUCUAAAUUGUUAUUAAGUGUUCAUAAAUGUAAAGAUUUUAUGAGACAGAAAAUGUAAAAAAACUAAUAAAAAGAUUUUGUGAUGUAUGCAUAUGGAGCUCUAUUGUCUUGAAAAGUACAUUUAUAUUGAUAUGUUGGACGGAGAGGCUUAAAAAUUAUGUAAUUAGAAAUGUUAUGGUAAAUAUAGAAAAUCUCAUAAAGAUAUCGUAAAGACAAUGUCUUAUACAUAAUGAUAAAGUAAAAGAUAAGUUUUGAGGUAAUUCUGCUUUCUCCCAGUAAAUUAAGCUUUGUUUUUAAACAAAAUACCUGAAAUUCAGUAUUUGGCAUAUCAAAGAUCGAAGUCGAAAUACUCCGAAUUGGGCUGAGUGAAGACAAUAUUAUAUUUGCACAGUGUUAAUUACUUUAAAAUUAAAAACAUGUAUUUGCCCUUUGUAAAUUACAUUUCUUUGAUGUUGGUAUUUUCAUUUUGCUAUGAGAUGAUUGUUAAUAUUUUCUGUAUUUUCAACAGACCACACAAUGUUCUAUUCUUAAUCGUAAAUUUUGUGUUAUUGUCUCUCUGUAGCCUAUAUUUUGUUAAACAUUUUUCUUGAAUUGCUAAACUAUGCUUUCACUGUUCGUGUGACAUUUGUUAAUUGUUUUUGGUGGGAUUAAAAAUUAUGCAAUAAAAUUAAAAUAAAACCUAA